GGGUACGGCCCGCCUCCCGGCCGGCACUACCCGGGCUCCAAUAAUAUGCUCGUCACCGGAAGCAUGUACUCUGAAAUCAAUCCACUGGACAAUCACACUCACGCGCACGGCUCCAUGGGCCAGCAUCCGGCCAUGAACUCUCCAAUGAACUGCUCCGUCGCGAACAUGGGCUACAGUCAGUACGAGUACAUUCCGAAACUGACUCACUUGUAG